GAAUUUUUGUUUACUAUAGUGAAAGUUGAAAAUUAUUAAAUUAAUGGAUAAAUUAUUAAUUAACAAACAAUGUGUGGUUUGUGGUGACCAGGCUUGCGGCCUAAAUUACACGGUGUGGACAUGUAUUUCUUGUAAAUCAUUUUACCGACGAAAUCAUUUGAAACUAUCGACAUUUACUUGUAAUUAUGGUAACAAAUGUAUUGUCGAUAUACUGACCCGAAAAUAUUGUAAGAAAUGUCGACUUUCAAAGUGUCUGACAGUUGGUAUGAGAACUAUAUAUGACCGAAAAGAAAUGUUCAUAUUAUUAAAGAAUGAAUUAAAGAAAUUGGAUAAUAAUAGUCAUAUUGUCGACAAAUAUUGUGAAAAUAAUAACAUAACAACUAACGAAACAAUGAAUUUUGAUAAUCAAAAUUUGAAACAUGAUUUUAGUUAUCAAAAUAAUUUUCAGAAAAUAACAAAUAAUUCACUUAUAACUCCAUUUAUAAAACCCAUUUCUAUCUUUAAUAAUAAUAAUUUAAAUGAGAUUGAAAAUUAUAAGCAAAAAAAAUCAGUGAAAGUAAACCAAAUCAAAUCCAUACCACAAGCUAUGGCUAAUAAUUUUGAAGAAUUAAUGAAAAAAUUAAUUAAAAUGUUCAAACAAUUGGCAUAUUUUAAGGAGAUGUCUAAACAGGAUCAGUACUCUCUGGUAAAGUAUGGCUCUAUGGAAAUGUGUGUCAUUAGACAGAUCAUAGCAUAUGAUAUGAAUUCCCAAUACGUUAACUUAACUUCUGAAACAGGAAUUACUAGUCAUAUAAAAUUUGAUUUAUUAAAUGAAUUGUUUCCACAAAUAUCACAAGUUUAUGGUCAGUAUCUCAUAGCAUUCAACAGUAAUUGGGAUUCUGAUCCAAUAAUUAUGGAUUUGAUAACUACAAUUGCUUUAUUUAAUCCAAACCGAUCCGAAGUCAAACAUCGAGAUGUGGUGAAAUUACUAAAUCAAAUAUAUACACACCUAUUAUACCGAUAUUUAUUAGUAAAGUGUGGAUCUAAAAGUGAAGCCGAAAGUAAAGUCGCAAAUUUAAUGAAUAGUUUUCAACAAUUGAGACUUAUAUGUAAAUUGCUCCUGGAUGAAUUUAUGACUAUUCCAAACAAGUUCAAUUAUGGACCACUUUUAAAAUCUAUAUUUUUUGAUAAUCAUAUUCAAUAG